AAUGCUUUGAAAGGACUUUACAGCAAGAUAGUGCAUUUCCGCAGAUUGAUUACACUUUUUCGGCAAUCACUGGGCUAAUUCGCCUCAGGGUUUUGACGCGCGACGCGGCAUGGCCCGACGGCUGCGCGGCCUGUGCACAAAGGCAGGUGCGCAUGGUAUAAGACUGAGCAUUCGAAACAUCCCGCCCAUACGCAGAGCGCAGGCUGACAGCAGAGGGAAUUGCAAAGUAGGCUCGUCGAUUAGACAUGCCGCGCAUGCAUAUGUCAGGAUGGAGGCAUGGUAUCAUUCAACAUCUGUCGCGGCCUGCUUGUGCACAACCCCAUGGCGCCGAUAUGCCAUUGCGACUGGUACUCAUCACACGACUAGGAUUGCCGAGGGUAUGCAGCUGUUGGCCGGCCGCGGCCAGGGGAGGCCAGCUUGGGCCCCCUGCCCGUCAAGGACGUGACUCGGGAUCCUCCGUUCACCAUAUACAUAUACACUAUAAGAAAAAUGUAAAGU